AAGUUGUCGAAUUGUAAAAAGAAUAAAAUUUCGCCGCUUAGUUAACUAUACAUUGUCAAAGAAGCCGCGCGUCAAUCGCUCGCGCUCCUCACGAGUUGGCUGUGAAGCAAAAUAAGAACAUAUAGUACAUAUAAAGUAAAUAAAGGGAAACUAAAGCAUAGCGCACAAAAAUCUGCAAUACAAAGAGUUUAAUUAAGUCAGCGGUUUAAUGUUUAUGGCGCAUCUGCAAAAACAACAACAAACACGCCCAAAGAAGGCUGACGAGGAAUUGUAUAUUAACAACAACAUAAAGAGCAAGAGCUAACAUUUUCGGGAAUUAUUGCUGUUGAUUAAAAUAUUUUGCUACUUUUUUUGCGUUUACUGUACCACUAAAAUAACAACACUAUACUACAAUUGAUUUAUUAUUGUGGUUGCUGCUGUCUACGUGCGAACAAAAACAUAUUUGGGAUCAAAAUACUUUGCCAGCUGGAAUCUGACGCAAGCAAAGCAAAAAGAAAGAGCAUAAGAAAGUGAAAAAGAGGUUAACGCUCGCAUUAAAGGACAAAACGUAUGCCUAUCUUUAGCCUUUGAAGGUGAGCUAAGGACAUUUGGCCCAUCACAAUUGGACUGCAAAGUAUUUCCAAGAGGCAAAGAAAGUUGUUGUAAAAUAUCAAAAUGCGUAUUUCAACUUUUCUGUGUUCAUCACAAAAAUUCACAAGACUUACUCAGAUGCUUGACUUCUACGCGGGCUUCAAUCCAUCGCCGCUUUCAAUAAAACAGUUUAUGGAUUUUGGUCAAAAUGCAUGUGAGAAGAAAUCUUUCAUAUUUCUGCGCAAGGAGCUGCCCGUGCGUUUGGCCAACAUAAUGAAAGAGAUUGCCUUGUUGCCCGACAACUUGCUCCACACGCGCUCCGUGAGUGAGGUGAACAACUGGUAUGUGAAGAGCUUCGAGGAGGUGCUGGAAUACGAGAAGGCCGAACCCACGCAUGACAUUUUGCAAAAAUUUGUGCAGGAUCUAGAUCUCAUACGAAAUAGGCACAGUGAUGUGGUGCAGACCAUGGCGCAGGGUGUCAUCGAGAUGAAGGAGAACGAGGGCGGUCAAGUGGACGCCCCCAUUGAGAGCUCCAUUCAGUACUUUCUCGAUCGGCUCUACAUGUCACGUAUUAGCAUACGUAUGCUAAUUAAUCAGCACACAUUACUCUUCGGCUUGAAUCCGCACUCGGGUGGACGCCACAUUGGUUGCUUGGAUCCUGCCUGCGAUCUGUCGGAUGUGGUGCGGGAUGCCUACGAGAACGCCCGCUUUCUCUGUGAUCAAUACUAUCUGACGAGUCCGACGCUUGAGAUCCAGCAGUACAGCAGCAUUGCGGACGACCUCUUUCCCAUACGCACCGUCUACGUGCCGUCGCACUUGUACUAUAUGCUCUUCGAACUUUUCAAGAAUUCAAUGCGUGCGGUGGUGGAGCACAAUCAGGAUCACUGUGACUCACUGCCACCUCUGAAAGUCUCGAUUUGCCGCGGGAAAGAGGAUAUCUGCGUUAAGAUUUCCGACCAGGGCGGCGGUAUUCCACGCUCCCAGAGCGAUCAGCUGUUCAAGUACAUGUACAGUACGGCGCCGCAACCUUCAAAAUCUGAUCUGCACACGGUACCGCUGGCUGGCUAUGGCUAUGGUCUGCCCAUCUCUAGGCUGUAUGCACGCUAUUUCCAUGGCGAUAUUGUAUUGCUAUCCUGCGAGGGUUUUGGCACAGAUGCCAUCAUCUACCUGAAGGCACUGUCCGAUGAAGCAAACGAACUGUUGCCCAUUUUCAACAAGACGAGCUCAAAAUUCUACCGCGCCACUGUACCUACGGGCGAUUGGUCCAAUCAGAAUUUUGCAAAUCGGUGGCGUUAUUUAUAUAGUUUCCUUAAGAAUUUAUAAGACUGUACCAGCACACAUACAACUUACCAGCAAUAUCUCUUGAUUUGUUUCUGAUUUUGUCGUAUUGUUCUUGAUUUCGUAUGUCAUGGUCUCCAAUGGCAUUUCAAUACAAACCAACGUUUCCUGCCCGCACUCCCUAUAAUUCCGCAUAAGUUAACAAUUUUUGCAUGAUAUUCUCUACACUUCUAGAGCUCCGACAUGAAUGCGCGUCAGCUGAAUGCAACUACACCGAAGCGGUACAACGAUUUAGGAACGGCCUAGGAAUACGCCACUCAAAUGUUACUCAGGACAUACGCAAUUUGUUUCAGGAACAACAGCAACAAUAUUUUUAAUAUUUACAAGAAUGCCCUAAAAUGAUAUCACUAGUUCUUAAGCAAACAUUCCCCCAUCCAAUGCAGUGGGAAUAUAUAAAUAAGUAUAUAAAUAUAUGCCGAAGUUAGAUUUUGUUGGUCUGCAAUUUGUAGCGAGACCGUCAGCUGUUAGAAAAUAUUGUAAGCAUGUUCUACGUUAAAAUGAGGCAUGAUUAAUUGUUUAAGCGAAAGGUAACACAAACUAUUUUAUAAGCAUUGUAUUG